AUGCCACCUCAGCAGAGUCAGGAUUUGGAGACAAGGUUUGGGGCACCUGCCAAAUGGUGUGAACUGUUGGACCUAAAAAUACAUAAAAGAAAGGACUGCCAAACUGACCACCCAGACCCAAAGAGGCCUUGUGGAUAUUUGGGAAACCAUCUGACCAGGCUUGACUUCAUUCUGGUUAAGAUGGACAAGAACUCAACAACAGACAGUUUCUGUUUCCUGUCAGGAAAGUGCUAUGCCUUUAGCACACUCUCAAAUCAGCGUGCAAUGGUCAGGAAAUGCGAUCAUUUGGCUAUGGCAUAG